CGAAUGUUUGUUUCUGACUGUCUGACACUUACAAAUAACAACAAACAAAAUUCACAGAAAAUGUCAAAACGUAAGUUAAGUGAUUUUGAGGAUGAAGUAGAGCGCGAAAAGCAGUUCCUCGAAGAUAUUGGACAAAAGCAUCAACACACAUUGGAUUCUGACGAAUCAGACAAUGAAAAUGAGGAAAAUCCAAUUCAUCACAUGAAUCCAGAUGACAUUGAAGGAGAAGAAGCCGGUGAUUCAUUUGUCAUUGCUGAUGAGGAGAUUAAAUUCACACCAUUUAACAUGAAGGAAGAACUGGAAGAAGGACAUUUCGACAAAGAAGGUCAUUAUCACUUUAAAAAAGGAGAAGCACAUCUUGAUAAUUGGCUGGAUGACGUAGAUUGGGUAAAAGUAAAGAAAGAAGCUGAAUAUCGAAAGAAAUACUUUCCAGGCGACGGUGAAUACUCAUCAGAUGAGGAGGAAAUAGUGCCAGAGACAAAACUCGAUCAUCUUGACUCAUACAAACAAAUUAUAGCUGAGAUGAAACCAAAAGAAUCUAUUAAUUCAGCACUACAACGAUUAAAUAAUUCAAGAGCGAAACUCACAACAGCACAGCGAUGGAAAUUAAAGAAGCAAGGCAUUGAGGACAAGUCAGCAGAGACAAUCACAAAACUCACUGGAAUCGUAAAUGAAAUUCUCACAAAAACAGGUAAUAUGAAUGUUUAUGAAUUAACGUACGAGCAAAUAAAGCACAAAAUUUCGGAAAUGGAAAGUGCAAAAGAUGCUGGGCCGAGUAAGAAUGCUGAUUUGGACAUGUACUCAGAUGAUUUUGAUGUAAAAGAGAAAUCAAAAAUCACUGACAAAACAGUCACGUUUAAAGUGCCGGCAAGUGUGAUAGAACCAGAAGAAGACAAGGAAGCUAAAUUGAUGUGGGAAUACAAACUUACUCAGAAUGAAAAUGAUAAAGUUCUCGGGCCAUUUUCGACAGAGCAAAUGCAAAUGAAAGCAGACAAUGGGGAUUUUAAGGAAUCUGUGUUUGUGAGGAAAGUCGGUGAGGAUCGCUUCUAUUCAUCGGCACGUAUUGAUUUUGAUUUAUAUUUGUAAGAUGAUAAAAUAUAUAUUUAAUUAAAUAAAUUUGUAUGGGCUGAUGGAUGGACACUCGUUGGCUCUUUGAAUGAUUAUUCAAAUCAUUUUUGACCAGC